AUGGACUUAAUCUUAACUGCAUGGGUUACUGAAUUAAUGACUGGCGCAUCUGUCAGUCAAGCAACUGUUUCAGUAUUUGAUAAAAAACAAGAAACAAAUCAACAAGGACUAUGCACAAUUCGAACGCUCAGCACAGAGAACAAUGAAAGAGGAAUAUUAGUUGUAGAAAAGGAUGAAGAUACAUGUAUGGUAGUAGAUAUUUAUCAUGGUAAAUCAAAUUUUAAUGCUUAUGUAUGGCACGUAUUUAAUGAUCGAGGUUUAUAUAAGCCAAAUGAAGAUGUACAUAUAAAAGGUUAUGUUAGAUUAUUGAAAGAAGAAAGUGAAGCAAAAUUACCAUCUUAUGCACAAGGUACAAUUCAUUAUACAAUUAAUGAUUCUCGUGGCCAGAAACUUGAAGAGUCAAAAGUGAGAUUGAAUAAUUAUGGUGCAUUUGACAUGAAAUUUAAAUUACCUGAUAACGUUAACUUAGGUGAUGGUUCUAUACAUUUCAGUUUAUCAGAUUUAGCAACUAAUAAAACACAUUAUUUUAAAGUUCAAGAAUUUCGAAAACCAGAAUAUGAAGUUUCAUCAAUGCAUCGACCAACAACACCACAUUAUUGUCAUUCAACAAUUGAUGGAUAUGUUAUAGCUACUUGUGAAUGA